GGGCUCUGUCUCACUUGGAAAUGAAACUACAAGGAGUAUGGAUAGCGGUGUGGUCGAGAAGGAGCCUUCGGCAGAGUCGAGUAGCCUUGAGGCUUAUUUGGCUCGACAACGCGAGCACCUGGCAACAGCGAUCUGUCGAGAAUGGAUUGCUCCCGGUGCUUCGCGUGAUCGGCAGAUGAGGCUGAGAUUAGCGUGUGAAGAGCUCGUUAGGCAAAGUUUUAACGAGGUUCUCACUGCAAGGGAGGAGGAACGGAGGAAAUCUGCUCACCGAUGCAUGCGAAAAUCGACUGAUG